UAGAGUCACACAUUGUACAUAAUUAUAGAUAUACUAACUUAUUUUUUAUUCUUUAAGCUAAUAGUGUUAUUCCUAUCACUUCCAAAAAACUCAAAUAUAAAAGCUUUAGUAUAUGCUCAAAACACUUCUAAGGUUCAUCUGAAUUAUGAGCUUGUAAUGAGCAAUUCUGUUAUAUCAUAGCACAGUCACCUAUGAAGGCAUCUGUCAUGACGGUGGCGUCAAUGAAGAAAAAGAACGUCUUGGUUGACGCGGUAACAUGCGGAGUAAAGGUGAAACAGCUACCGUUUAUGGGGAUUGUAUGUACAGUUAUGUUGUUUAUUGUGUAUAGGACCACGAAUUAUCAGUAUGAACAGACAGAGAUGGAUUCGAAGUUGGAUCCCUUUUAUUCUUCAAAGGAUUCUGAUGUAGAUAUCACACGUUUGAACAGUUUGCCUCGUGGUAUUAUCCAAGCACAGACAGAUCUGGAGUUAAAGCCUCUUUGGUCGACAAGUAGUUCAAAAUCCGAGGCUAACGUUUCUAGUUCUCGUAACCUGUUGGCAAUGGCAGUUGGUAUUAAACAAAAGAGCAAUGUCGAUACUCUUGUUCGAAAGUUUCUUUCAGAGAAUUUUACUGUCGUCUUGUUCCACUAUGACGGACAUGUUGAUGGCUGGUGGGACCUCGAAUGGAGUAAAAAAGCAACUCAAAUUGUUGCAAACAACCAAACGAAAUGGUGGUUUGCGAAGCGGUUCUUACAUCCUGCUGUUGUUUCAAUCUACGACUACAUUUUCCUUUGGGAUGAAGAUUUAGGUGUGAAGAAUUUCAACCCUGGAAGGUACCUAAAAAUUGUGAAAUCAGAAGGAUUGGAAAUUUCGCAGCCAGCCUUGGACCGGAACUCAACUGAUAUACAUCAUAGAAUCACAAUGAGAAGCAAGAGAAAAAGGUUCCACAGACGAGUGUACGAUAGUAGAGGUAGUACAAAAUGUUCAGGUGAAAGCGAAGGUCCUCCAUGCACUGGAUUUGUGGAAGGAAUGGCUCCAGUUUUUUCAAGAUCUGCUUGGCCUUGUGUUUGGCAUCUUAUACAGAAUGAUCUUGUUCAUGGAUGGGGAAUGGACAUGAAAUUUGGUUAUUGUGCACAGGGAGACCGAACCAAAAAUGUUGGAGUAGUUGAUAGUGAAUAUAUAGUGCACCAGGGCAUUCAAACUCUGGGAGGGCCAUCGUUGAAAAAGCGUUCAAAUCUUGAAGAGUCUACGAAGAAACACGUUGUUGAUGUGCGAUCCGAGAUUAGAAGACAGUCUACAUAUGAGCUACAAAUAUUUAAGGAUCGUUGGAAAAGAGCUAUAGAGGAAGACAAGAAUUGGGUGGAUCCAGUUGAAGAGAUCAACCGGAGACGUAGACAACGACGCAAACAAAUACGAAAAUUAAAGGUUUAGCCAAGAUGAUCUAUGACGGUAGUCAGAGAUGCAGAAGAUAUAUUUGAUCGAAGACAAUAAUAUGAGGUUACACGUAGUUGCGAGGAAACUUGAAAAUUGUUCUGUAUAGCCUAUUGAAUUUCCACAAUUAGUUCAUUGUUUUGAAGGUUGUCUUACCAACUUCGAUUUUUUUUAGGAAUAUAAUACCGAUUCUCAUAGUA